UGACCAGGAAGUAACUCUCGGUUGGAUUAGACGCCUCCUGCGUAUGGCGUGUUUGUAGCGACCUGUGUGCCUCAGUGUCCACAUGUAGUCAAACCUGCUUCUGCGUCUUUUUCUCUGUGUGUUUCCUUUCAGUCAUGUCUGUAGUCAGAACGACUUUUAAGCUCUUCGCAUUCGUCGCAGUCUCCGUCUUGUCCGUGCUGCUGUUGCGGCACUGGAUGGCCACAAAGCAGUAUGUUUUCAACAGGGAAGACAUCGCCAAAUUGGCCAAACAGUACGCUGGACAGGACCACGAGCAGGCCUUCUCUAAAGUGGUGGUGGAGCUCAGGAAGAGAUAUCCAGGACACAUACUGCCAGACGAGGACCUGCAGUGGGUGUUUGUGAACGCUGGAGGCUGGAUGGGCUCCAUGUGUCUGCUCCAUGCUUCACUUACAGAGUACGUGUUGUUGUUUGGCACAGCGGUGGACACAGGAGGGCACUCAGGUCGCUACUGGGCCGAGAUAUCUGAUACCAUCAUCUCCGGCACUUUCAGACAGUGGAAAGAGGGGACGACCAAAAGUGAAAUUUACUAUCCUGGUGACAACAUUGUACAUGUUGUGGGUGAGGCCACGUCAGUGCAGUGGACUGCUGGGACAUGGAUGGUAGAGUACGGUCGAGGUUUCAUCCCUUCCACGCUGGGAUUCGCCCUCGCAGACACGCUGUUCAGCACCCAGGACUUCCUCACAAUGUUCUACACUGUACGUGUCUAUGUCAAGGGUCUGCUGCUUGAGGCUGGAACGCUGCUUACAGACGCUGGAGUUUUCUGAGGAACCAUCAAGGUUGGAAAGCUCGAACACGAGCAGUGACAUCAAAGUUCACCUUGCACCAUUUUCCAGCUACCACUAUGAUCUAGUUUGUAGAAAAAUAAUGGUUUAGAUCAUUUCAAGUUCUAAUUAUUUUAUCUAAAUCUUGACAAUUCAAAUUUGCUUCAGUGUAUGUUCAGUGUAUGCACAGUGUGCCACUGCAGUGGCACUGCUGCAGUGCUCUCAACUCUAAAACAUCUACACACCUGCCCUUUGUCCUUCUGGACUCCUCAGCAUCCUCAGCACACUACACAAAUCGCUCUAGUUUUUUAUGUGUAAGUCACCUCUUUGUAUUUUCAUUGUGAAGAUCUGUCAUGAAGCCCAAAUACCUUCCAAGUAGUCAGAGAAUAAUAAAGUAAUAUUCAUUACCAGG